UCCAUUCGAACUUUGGUCAUCAAACACUACAACUUUGUCUAGCCAAUAUCCAGAGUUUCUAUAGAUCUUACUCUCUUCCAUUCUCUAUUUUCUAAGUUAAUACCAUGAUCAGCUCCAAGAAACUCAUCAAGCUGGCCAAAAGAUGGCAGAAAUUUGCUGCCAUCCGCAGAAAGAGGAUUUCAUUUCCAAGACUAAACGAGGAUACAGAUAGCUGCAGUACUUCCUCUGCAGUUAACAAGGGCCAUUUCGCUAUCUACACAGCUGAUCAGAAGCGGUUUGUUGUCCCUGUAUCUUAUCUCGAGAAUGAUAUCAUUAGUCAACUCUUAAGUAUGUCUGAAGAAGAAUUUGGACUUCCAAGUGAUGGGCCUAUUACGCUACCAUGUGAUGCAGUCUUCAUGGAAUACAUCAUUUCACUUCUUAGCCGAGGUUUAUCCCAAGAACUUGAGAAUGCUUUGCUUGUCUCAGUUACUUCACAUCGGUGUUCAUCAGCUCCGCUGCACUCAGAAGGGUGGAGAAAUCAGGAAUUGCUAGUUUGCUGAUAUAAUGUAAAUGAGAAUAUCAGCUGUAGCUCAAUACGACAUGUGAAAUGUACAGAAAUACAAGAAUUGAUGUAUAAUAUAUUCAAUUUUGUUUUCACAUAA